AUGACAACACUUGAUCCUGUUGCCGAUUCAAAUGGAAAGAAUACUUGGCGACGGUGGUGGAAUUCUGGUGAGGAUAAUUUGCAGACAGCGCAAAAUGAUGCCAACGGUUGGUAUUCAAGUAUGAUUUCAAAGGUACCACCAUUCAGACCAAGAAAUAAUUUGGUCAGCGUAGACGAUAAUACAAGAUAUUCUCAGUUAAACUCAGAACAAAUUUCUUCACUGGAAACUGAGGCAAGAAAUGCCAUCUCAAAUCGUAAUAGUUCAUGGUGUUGGUAUGAGGACUUAACAGAGGUGCAGAGCAAAAUAAAUAGCUCCCUUGGUAAAGGAGGAGUAAUGAGUGUGUUCGAUACUGGUUCUGGGAGAUGUCCCCUACCACUUCCGGCGUAUCCAAUUGAAAUGCAGGCACAAUAUAACAUUCAUAUCAAUAACUCGUUUCUACUGCCGUCUGCGUCACCAAAUGAAAUAUACCAUCCGUUACCCUUAAGAACUAUGAUUGCGUCUGCAGUUAAAAACUACUAUAAUCUACCCACUGAAAAACAUUUAUAUUUGAGAAAGGAAGGAAAUAAACUACUGAAACAAAAGAGGGUUCUAAUCCUUUCAUUAGUGGGCUGGCUGCCUGAGAAAUAUGAGAAGGUAACUUUAGGAGAACAGCGGUCUGCUUAUUACCUCUCCCAGCAAUUGGCAAAAUCUUUGCAAGAUCAAGAAGUAUCAGAGAUUUCAUCUUUAUCUUUCGAAUGUCCAUUAGAAAGCAAAGAAUUGAAAACAGUUUUCGAAGAAUGCAAUACGUUACUCUCUAAUUGGAAAAAUUUGUUCUACAAAGUUGAUUCAAUAUUUUUUAUUGGGGUAUAUCAUAGCGUCCCCCUGGCAGUUUUAUUAGCAAGGGAAAUUUUACAAAAUCAUCAAUCCCUAGGUUUUGAUACGAAUACUUAUGUGGGGCUGCUUAGUAUAGAGUCAUGCCUCCAAGGCUACAGGUUUUGGGAUCAUAGUGUAGAUGCUAACAAUUUUAACAGGGUUAUUAACCCAAAUGCAGAUCAGGAUUAUACGAAAGCCCAGGAAGCUAAAGAGAAGCAAUUAUUUCAAGGCCUUACUAAAAAUGAAAAAGAGGUUCUUUCAAAAUUGAAAAAUUAUCGAGAUCCUGAUUCCGUGGAGGCAAAAUUGGUAAGGAAAGACUUGGAUUGGAUCUUAUUCAAUUGGGAUCUAUUUAGGAUGUCAUUGGUAGGUAAGCUGUAUGAUAACUUCAUGACACUGUCACAGAAGCUGGCAAUUGAUUAUUGUCACCCUAAAAUAAUGCGGAACCUUUGGUGUGAUGGAGCCUAUCUGGAUACCGAUCUGAAGAAACCUGGCGAAAUAGGUAUACCCGACUUUAAAAUGAAAACUCCCAGCUUUGAUUUCCAGGUAAAGAUACCAGAUGAUAGGAACUUCGAAAUCUCUUUAGUUGACAAUUUUUUGCUCGCCCAAAAUUUGGGUUAUAAUGAUUUUAUACCACUUUUAACACUCGUGGGACCCUACUUCAUUUCUAGGUCAUUUAAUCCAAACACUUUGCCAACUACUUUAAAGAAACAAAAGACAACCGACACAAAAAUCUGGUUACAAAAUAUUGAUCCAAAAUGGGCUUCUAAACAAGCUUUCGCAGAAAAAUUCCAAGAAGAGCUGCAGGAUGAAAUAUCAAGUGUUUAUAAUUUUCUAGAGUAUGCUCAGUACCAAACAGUAAAGAAUCCUGAAUUAAUUAACAUUCGCAGCGGAAUCUACGAUGAUGAUAGCAUAUAUGGAAAUUUUGUCGACUGUACUUUACGAACAAAAAACCUACUAAUUCCAAAACACCUGGCAAUGAUACACCAUCAGUCUGAUCCUACAAGCAUCUUAGAAACAAUAAAUCAAUAUGAUCUCGUAUGGAAAUUCCACGAGGCACUAUCUACCUUUCUACAACUAAGAAAUCUCCCCAUUCAAGAUUUUCCUAAAUAUAUUCAUCUUUCUACAUCUUUACAUUGCUCUUCCUUGAAUAUCACCAAUAAAGACCCGACAAGAUUUGAAAGGGACGAUUCCGAAACAUUGAAUAGAUUGCGACAAAUAUGGGAGGCAUACCAAACAUGGGAUCCUCCAACUAGAGGCUUAAAGCACCUGAGAAACAUUUUAAGUGCCCUGUCGUCGUAUAGAAGCUUUUCUCGUCUCCUUCAUGACGUGGACCGGAGAUAA